CUGAUUCUUUUCAUACACAUUUAUCUUAUGUAGGAACUCGACUUUGUCAAGAUGAAGCACAGGAUAAAGAGAAAAAGAACUGCCUUGGUGCCAUCAAAAUCAAAAUUGAUUUUUAUAAUUCGGAUACAGGGCAAGAACGACAUGCAUCCAAAGACAAGGAGUCUCUUAUAUAAGCUCGGACUAAGUAGAGUUUUCAGCGGGGUCUUUGCGAAGGCCAAUGAGCAUAUUCUAGGAAAGCUACAAAGGGUGGAGCCAUAUGUGACAUAUGGAUACCCUAAUCUUAAAAAUGUGAGGGAGCUCGUCCAUAAGAAGGGAUUUGCAAAGAUAGACAAACAAAGAGUUCCUCUAACUGACAACAACAUCAUCGAACAGGAAUUGGGCAAGCAUGGAAUCCUAUGCAUGGAGGAUAUUGUGCAUGAAAUUGCUAAUGUUGGCCCACAUUUUAAGGAGGUAAUUUCCUUUCUAUGGCCCUUUGAACUUGAAAAGCCAGGAAGUGGACUUCAAGGGAAAAAAUCAUUGUACAAGGAGGGUGGAGAUGCUGGGAAUAGAGAGGAUGAUAUCAAUGAUCUGAUUGAUGCGAUGAAUUAGGUUUGAAUCAGAUCAUUUGAUUUAAAGUUAGGUUUCAAAAAACCUGAAGGAGCUGAUAGUUUCUGUAAUUCAAUUUUGUUAGUAUCGUUAGUUUUUAUGUUGUUCUACUCAUAACUAUCAGUUUCUUGACCUAUCAGCUUAUGAGACUUUUAACUUGUAUCCAAGGGCUUGUAAUGUGUGGAUACAGGAAAAUUUUCUGGUGCCACUGUUGUAUCUGAUCUUUUACCAAUUUGGCACAAAACGUUAUUAAGUGAUAUAUUAUUUUAUUUUAUUAGCGCUA